AUGGCGUUCUACUUUGACGCGGCUUCGCGCUUUGACCUUAGCCCACAGCCGCUCGACGAGCUGAUCUCGAGUGGCCAGGCCCUCUCUCGGAGAGACGGCAGUGGGCGGACGCUACUGCAUCACGCGUGCGAGCAGGGCCACGAAGGCGCCGUCAGGGCGCUGGUCGAGGCGGGAUGCAGUGUCGAGGCGCAGGAUUGCGACGGUCGCACACCGCUGCACCUCGCCUGCCUAAACGUCGGGAGAGCGAGUGCGCGCGGGAGCGACCACCUUGCCAUCGUCCGCUUCCUCGAAGAGAGCAACGCCUCGGCCACAACUCCCGAUCGGUUUGGGCGGCUGCCACUAAGCUGCCUGCCCGACGAAGCCAAGCGAGUUGGGAGGAACGCGGGGUCGAUGCGGGGCCCAGCUCUUGCGGCGACACGCGUGAUUACGGGCAGCCCAGCCGACCCAGCCGCGAUGGGGGGCGUGGCGGGAGCGGUCGCGGCGCAUACGCGGUAG